CCCCGGCGUUGAUCAUUGCAAACGUGAGUUGUUUACUCGCUGGGUUCCGCCCCCCCUAACCCUCCUCCUAUGACGGAGGAAGAGAAGGCCGUCGCCUCUGCACGGCGGCUCGAGGAUCCUCCGAAGUGUCAUUGCGGAGAACAAGCCGUGAUAAAUCCACGGAAUGAACUAGAGUUUGUUUGUCCUCUGCGGCGUGAAGAUCGUGGUUUUCGAAAGUGCCGUUUCAAGGAGUGGAUCUAUGGUCCAAAGAGCCAUUGGCCAGAGCCUGAGAAGCAGGAGGAGGUUCCAGAGUGGAAGAAGAAGCGGAGGUCUAUUGCGCCUCCCGUGAUGUGCAAAUGUGGUGUUGAAGCUAGCUACGGCCUAGUUCCUUCAGGUCUUGGGAUUGGCCACUUCUGUGGCCACAUGAUCGACUAUGAUGAGAGCACUCAGAAAUGCAAAUGA